AUGAUAGACAUGGAAGGGACUGGGAAAGUAAAGAAAGAGGAGUUGAAAACUUUGUUGAGGGAGAUUGACUUCUUUGUUUCCCUCAUGGUGCACGUUAGAGGAUUGCAGGCGCGUGAUAGGAAUAGUGACGCUGGGAAUGAGCCAUCGGAAGAUAAGGAGAGGAGCCGCUGGAAGAGCGGGAGAGGGAGGGUAAAGGGAGAAGGACGCUGCGAGCAGAGACGACGGUGGUGGGAUGACAUUGUAUUGGUGCGCAAUAUUCAUAAACGAUUUGUGAAUUUGACGGAGGUUGAGGAGCCUCUGAUACUAAACCCUUUGUUGAUGCUACCGCCUCUUGGGUUGGAUAGUGAUGAUGGUGAUGAUGAUGAUUUCGAGACUCUACGUGCCAUCAAAUUGCGUUUCAUAACCUAUGAUGAUUGUUGA